UUACCUUAUGUGCAUUAAUCCAGAAAGCAAUACCUGGCAACCCAAGGACGGCUGCAACGUGGAGGGGCGCGUUUUGAUAUCACUUCAGAAAUCUCAUUACAUGAAGAGUUAUACUGGGAGUUUUUAUGCGGUGGUAAAUAAUAAUAUUCAUAUUUAUUUGUUUGUAAAUGUAUUUCUUAACGCCAUGCAGCUUUCAGGUCUAUUACAGAGAGAACUGGUUAAUCUACUCACAAGUUAAUCCAAACACAAGCCGGUGUGCCAUGGUUGUCCGCAAGUAAAGCAAUAAAGAAGUAUGAACAAUGGCAGGUUGCAUAAAGUGAAUGUUAUAUGAAGAGUGAGUCUCAAUGGCAGAGUCACUCCCUUCAGGAUUACUGGAAGCAUGUGUUGUUGUUGGACUUUCAAGUGAUACAUUGAAAGAGGUGUGUGAGUCUCUUCUGCAGGUGAAUGAAAGUCCUUUACUUCUCGAUCCCGAGGUCCUUCAGGUUCAUGCACCUCCAUUUGUGACCAAAGGGAGAAUCAAUGAGCCAGGGAUGGGAAGGUUCAGCCACACCCAGCGACGGUUUUCCUUCAUUAAGAAGAAGAAUGACAGACCGCCGGACAACGCAGGAAAAGCUAAGGAGGAAGCCACAGAGGACUUCAACGUUCCUAAAGACCUGGAUCUAGCGGCCCUGCCACAACUUUGCUUUCCAGGUGGGCUUUCUGUAUCUCAGGAGCAGCAGGAAGAACAAUUCCACUUUCUGGUGUUUACUGACGUCUUUGGGAACCAGUCACAUGGAGUAGUUCUCCAGUACUAUAGACCAGUACAGAAAUGGAUUUUCCAAGAGCGGAUGCUGAAUGGACAUCGCCUUUCCUCCAAACCUCCUCAAAUUUACAGUGCUUAUGGGAUUUGCAUCAUAUCAAAACACCCGUAUUACAACACUCUCAAAGACUGCCUGUCUAGCCUCUUGUGUCGGCUCAAAAUCUGUAAAAAUACUGAUAUGGAAGAGGAAGUAAAGGAAUUCUGUGCUAAACUGGCUCUGGUGCCAAUUCCUCCCCCUGGUCAACUGCACGUGAUGUUCACUUUGUCCCCUCUCACAAUUGUUCUUCCAUCCAGAGAAGAUAAAAAUUAUCCUGUUAUUGACCUGGAUCUUCAUCUUCCGCUCCUCUGCUUCGAGUCCAGGGAGCUGUUGCAGAUCAUAACCAGUAUACUCACAGAACAGCGUAUGGUGUUCUUUUCCUCAGAUUGGGCCAAACUGACUCUGAUUGCAGAAUGCUUAAUGCUGUAUAUUCGACCCCUGCGCUGGCAGCACCCACUGGUGCCCACACUGUCCCGUCAGAUGCUUGACUUUGUCAUGGCACCGACCCCCUUCCUCAUGGGAUGCCACCUUAGUCACUAUGAGGAAGUUGCCAAGGAGACAGAUGAUCUGAUUCUGAUCAAUAUUGAUGAGGGAACAGUGUGUUGUUCAGGCAGUAAUGAUGUUGAUCUUCCAGAAGCCCCUCAUACAGCUGCUCAGUGUUUCAAGAGCCGAAGAAAAGUCCUACAGAUACACUAUGACCUGGAAGUGCUUUAUCGUGGCAUCUGUAGUGAUGUUAAUGAGCUGCGUAUGCGGAGAAGACACUGGCAACACAGACUCAAUCGGGAUAUUCAGAACAUCACCCUGGAGCUCAUUGUGAACAUGUUUAGAGAUGUUGAUGAUCAUCUCAAUUAUGAGCACAGAGUUUUUAACACGGAUGAAUUUUUAAAGACCCGGGAACCAGCAGACCAAGCGUUUUAUAAAAAGGUCUUGGAAACACACAUUUUCCACUCUUUCUUGAAAGACCAUUUGAAUGGAAAGUUGAAAGCAUUUACCAGAAUGGAGAGGAACACUCGGACAGAAGACCAAAAACGAAAAGCAUCAAUGGAUUUCUCUCAUAGACGCACUAUAAAGGAGAUGAAAAAUGAUUGCCAAGACAGCAGUCUAAGUAAACGUCUGGGCACAAGUCUUCCUAACCUGGGCGAUGAGACUCAACCAAGUUCCCUUAAACAGACAUCUCCAACAUCUCCAACCAUUCCUGAAAUAACUCUAAAUAUACCAGCCAGACCAGUCAAGAUGUUCAAACUGGCACAUUUCCCUCCUCCCUUGAGCUGCUACCAUGUGUCCCUUUAUUUUGGAGAUCUUGUCCUCCUGCUUAACAAAGCCAUAUCAGCCACCCCACCUGAUGACUCCAGCCUGCUCGCCAGGUACUACUACCUCCGAGGCCUUGUCAACAUGCUAAACUCUAAACGCUUGGAUGCCCUCAGUGACUUCCAGACCCUCUACAAAACAGAUAUCGAGAUUUUUCCACAUGAGCUGGUAAGGGUGUUGGUGGACUCUCUGCAGGUAGAGGAGAAAUCCCAGGCAGAGAAGAGAUCUGAGCUCAGGCCACUCAUUUCUAAGGUGAGGACCAACGAUAAGAGUGAACGUGUGGAUUCAGAUGAUCGUGUGAAGAAGUUUCAACUUCCCAGGACCCCAAUGCAGCUGGAAGAGUUUGUGAGGUGCACUCAGGAAUCUGGCAUUGUGAGGGAUGUGGCUACCACCCAGAGAUUGUUUGAGGCUCUUACAGUCGGUGAGCAAAAACAGAUUGAUCCAGAGAUGUUCAGAGUGCUUUACACCUACUGGAAGGAGAGCGAAGCGGAGGCACAGGAUCUUCAGCUGCCCGCUGAGGUCCUGGAACAUCUGGACAACAGCGAGUGUGUGUACAAGCUGUCCAGCUCUGUGAAGACCAGUUAUGGUGUUGGUAAAAUUGCUAUGACCCAGAAGAGGCUGUUCCUCCUGACUACAGGCAGGCCGGGAUAUGUUGAGAUCACCAAGUUCAGAGACAUUGAGGACUUAAAGAUCUCAACUGCUUCAUUUCUGCUGUUGAGGAUCCCAUCUCUAAAGAUCAAGAACAGACUGAAGAAAGAGAAAUUUGAGGCAAAUUUAAAAUCUGAGUGUGACCUGUGGAACCUAAUGGUCAAGGAGAUGUGGGCUGGGAGAAUAAUGGCAGACAACCAUAAGGACCCGCAGUAUGUGCAGCAGGCUCUGACCAAUGUCCUGCUCAUGGACACUGUGGUGGGCUGUUUACAGACACAGAAAGCCGUUCUUGCUGCCUCCAAGCUGGCGUAUUAUGAAAAACUACGCCAUGAAGUCCCCAUGAUUAUUCCCAGACCCACAGCCGAGACGCUGAAGCACAAGAUUAAUCCAUCGGAGAACAUGAGGAGCCCUCAGUCUGUUGAUGUCUUGCUGUUCAUUCCAGGUCAGUUAACUCUCUCUGCUGACCUGGAUGGGAACCCUAAGCUCUGGUGUGCUCUCGGCUGUGGGAAGGUGGUUGUGUUUGAUGCUGUUAGUUGGACCUUACAGCAAAACUGCAUUCAUGUUGGAGACUCUACAUUGAACUGCAUGAUGGGAUUAGAUCAAGAGCAGUUGUGGAUUGGUUCUCAAGACUCUGUCAUUUACAUAAUCAACACUCGCAGUAUGCUGUGUCAUAAACAGCUGACUGAGCAUCGUGGAGAGGUCACAGAUUUCGCCCUGGAGAAACUGAACCACAGUCUCAGCCCAGUGCAGGUGUUUUCCUGUAGUGCAGAUGGCACUGUGAUUGUUUGGGAUGUUCCCACAUUGAAGGUGAAGAGACAGUUUCAUCUGACCUGUGACAGAUUGCAAUCCAUUCAAAUCCAUGACACCCUAUGGUGUGGUGCCAGUGAUUGUGUAAUGGAGCUAAGACAGAAUGGAUGUCUGCUUCGUAAGAUUUCCCUCCUAGAUGCAAACAUCCAAGCCAGUGUCUUCAGCAGGAUCACAUUGCACUUAGAGCGAAAACAGAUCUGGACGAGUUUCGCAGACUCGGCUGAGCUGUGCAUAUGGGACACAUCCGACCUAACUAAAGCACCUAAACAGGUCACACUCCCCGGUUGUUGUCGGGUCACCUGUAUGAUCAAGGUGAAAGAUCAGGUCUGGAUCGGCUGUAACAGUGGUGGGACAGGCCUCAGCAAGGUUGUGGGAAAAAUCUUUGUGUUGGACUCUGAUAGCCUGAUGGUUGAGAAGGAGCUUGAGGCUCAUGAAGACUGUGUUCAAACGCUUUUCUCAGCUGAGGACCGAUAUGUUUUCAGUGGCUCCGCAAGUCUUGAUGGCAAAAUUGCCAUUUGGAGAGUCGAUUAAACCAGCUGAUAUGUUCAUUUUAAUGUCCAUUAAAGGGACAUUCCACUUUUUUUGAAAAUAUGCUCAUUUUCCAGCUCCCCUAGAGUUAAACAUUUGAUUCUUACCAU